CCUCGCGCUGCGAUUGGCUGGCCUCGCGCGAGCGCCUGCGCGGAGUGGCUGGCGAGGUUUUAGAGGGAGUCCCGCUCUCCAAUUAAAGCGGCCCAGCUGCGCCUGGCUGCGCAUAGAGCUCCCUCCCAGGCCCGCGAACUUGGCCAUUCAGCAGCCGCUGUCCCCGCUGCGCGCCCUCGCGCCUCUGCCUGAGAAGCCAGGCGCUGUUCCUCCACCCCAGAAGAGGAUGGCAAAGGUGGCUAAGGACCUCAACCCAGGAGUUAAAAAGAUGUCCCUGGGCCAGCUGCAGUCAGCAAGAGGUGUGGCAUGUUUGGGAUGCAAGGGGACAUGUUCGGGCUUCGAGCCACAUUCAUGGAGGAAAAUAUGCAAGUCUUGCAAAUGCAGCCAAGAGGACCACUGCCUAACCUCUGACCUAGAAGAUGAUCGGAAAAUUGGCCGCUUGCUGAUGGACUCCAAGUAUUCCACCCUCACUGCUCGGGUGAAAGGUGGGGACGGCAUCCGGAUUUAUAAGAGGAACCGGAUGAUCAUGACCAACCCUAUUGCCACUGGGAAAGAUCCCACUUUUGACACCAUCACCUACGAGUGGGCUCCCCCUGGAGUCACCCAGAAACUGGGACUGCAGUACAUGGAGCUCAUCCCCAAGGAGAAGCAGCCAGUGACAGGCACGGAGGGCGCCUUUUACCGCCGCCGCCAGCUCAUGCAUCAGCUCCCCAUCUAUGACCAGGAUCCCUCGCGCUGCCGUGGACUUUUGGAGAAUGAGUUGAAACUGAUGGAAGAAUUUGUCAAGCAAUAUAAGAGCGAGGCCCUCGGCGUGGGAGAAGUGGCCCUCCCAGGGCAGGGUGGUUUGCCCAAGGAGGAGGGGAAGCAACAGGAAAAGCCAGAGGGGGCAGAGACCACUGCCGCUACUACCAACGGCAGCCUCAGUGACCCGUCCAAAGAAGUGGAAUACGUCUGCGAGCUCUGCAAGGGAGUGGCCCCUCCUGACAGCCCCGUGGUCUACUCGGACAGGGCAGGUUACAGCAAGCAGUGGCACCCCACCUGCUUUGUGUGUGCCAAGUGCUCCGAGCCGCUGGUGGACCUCAUCUACUUCUGGAAGGAUGGUGCUCCCUGGUGCGGCCGCCAUUACUGCGAGAGUCUGCGGCCCCGGUGCUCCGGCUGCGAUGAGAUAAUAUUCUCUGAGGACUACCAGCGUGUGGAAGAUCUGGCCUGGCACCGGAAGCACUUUGUCUGUGAGGGCUGUGAGCAGCUGCUGAGUGGCCGGGCAUACAUUGUCACUAAGGGUCAGCUUCUGUGCCCAACUUGCAGCAAGUCCAAACGCUCCUGAAGGGCUGCCCACUCACAGCGAGAAUCCACAGGAUCCCACUGAGAAGGAGAACCAGGUGUGCUGAGACCAUCCUAAGGGGCCGACAUGACAGCAAGCAAGUGACAUAAACAGUGAUUUGCUUUUCAGUGAGAAUAUAUAUAUAUCAUAUGUUAUAUAUAUUCUAGGAUGAUAUAUAUAUUCUAGGUUGGGUGGUGAUAGAUCCUUGAGGGUCAGUAGUUUCAAAACCAUAAAUAUUCUAAAUCCUAGGAUGGAGUUCCUUUUCUUUCUGUUGUUUCCCAGCUACAACCAACUAAAGACACAAAUGGCAUUCUGCAAGGGGACUCUGGGAGGAGUUUUCCAGAAUGCAAUUCCGUGUGAGCAAAUCGCAUAGCUGUAGAAUGUGCGUGCUUUUUUGUGGACACAGGAGCUCCUCCAGGAGCAGGCUGGGAUCCCAACUAUCGCUUGUUGCCUCUUUUCAAGUGGAAUUUGAAUUUUAAAUAAACAACAUUUUUGGCAUGAUAAACAUAUCAAUAAAAGUUUUGUGAAUUCCACAUACACCCUUAUCUAAUUAUUUACACCAUGGCAGUGAUUCUGCAACAUCUAUUUAACCCCACGACCCUGAAUGCCAGUGCUGGCAGAAAAUAUGGUAAAAUACUAAUGAGCCUCUCUAUCAAUGUAUCUCAUCAGACUUCCACUGGGAGUGUAGGCUUUGGGACAGAACCCCGCCCCAUCUACCUAUUCGAGAUACUCCCAGAUCACUAAUGUAACAAAGGUGUCAUGGUUUAUGGUACACUAAAAAGUGACCUGCUGGGAACCAAUGAGCUUCUCUUUAGCCAGGUACCUGACUCAGCUGCCCUCAGAGUCCAGGCAGAUCGUGAAUGAACCCCUCUGGGAAUAAGACCAGUACUGGGGAGCCGCUGAACAGGGGCCACCUAAGCUCCAGCAAUGGGUGCCACAUGGGACGUGGUGACUAAUGUGGGCAGAUCUUUAAAAAUACAGCACUUUUUCAAAUGCCAAAAUAAUGGGAAAUAAAAUUUUUUUCAAUAAAAAUUAAUCUAAAA